AUGACCAGAAUUAAGAAUGUCAUCACUGAUACUUUUCUCCUCUGUAGACGGUUCCUGAGCGGUGUGAGAGUGGUGGUGGGAGACUUUGACCAGAAAGUCAAGGAUGUAGAGGAGCAGGUCUUUCAUGUAAAGUCUGUCUUAGUUCAUGAGAACUACCAUCCUGCUUUUCCCAUGAGCUAUGACAUAGCUCUGAUCAAGCUGGAGCAACACAUUCGGCUGGGAGCCCAUGUCCAGCCAAUAUGUCUGCCUUUGCCUGAUGAUGGCAUGGCACCCACCUCUUGCAUUGUGGGUGGAUGGGGAAGGAUGAGGGAGAGACAAGCAUGGCCUCUGCCAGCCAUGACAGUUCUGUGUGCCGGGCCAGAGAGAGGAGGAAAAGAUGCCUGCCAGGGGGAUUCUGGAGGUCCUCUGGUAUGUCCACCAAGUUCAGGCAGCGGUCACUGGGUAGUGCUGGGUGUAACUUCCUGGGGGAAGGGAUGUGGUCGGAGCUGGGAGAACAACAGCAGCCGCCCCCCUUCCAGAAGAGGAUCUCCAGGGGUUUUUACUGAUGUCAGGCUGCUGCUGCCCUGGAUUAAGCACAAACUAAGAGGAGAUCUCUGCAGUGUGAGAGAUGGGCCUGUAACUGGCAGUGAGGGGGUUAUAAGAAAUCCUGCCCUUGGUGGUAAUCGCUAUGACAACAACCAGCUAUGUGUAUGGAGAAUCAGUGUUCCUCCAGGUUUUAGUAUCCUGUUGGAGUUUGACCAUUUUGAUUUGGAGAAUGACUCUCACUGUCGUUAUGAUCGCCUCACUGUUUUAGUCGCAACCCAUCAGCCUGUGGUGAUUUUGUGUGGAAGCGUCCUCCCAGGCCCAGUACUUCUUAGUAACUCCCAGAAUGCAACGCUCCUCUUUUCUUCAGAUAUUAAUCAAACAAGAAGAGGCUUUGUUAUGAGACACCAUGCUAUCCGGGGACACUCAGACCCAGGAUGUGGGACUGUUGUUUUAGUACAGGAUCAGACUACUCUCCACAGCAAAAAUUACCCACAAUUCUACAGUGAUGACUGUGUCCAGCGCUGGGUUGUCUAUGCUCCAAAAGGCCACAUUGUUAAGCUCGACUUUGCUGAUUUUUACCUGGAGGAGUCAGACACAUGCUCGUAUGACUCCCUCACUGUGCUGGGGGAUGUGGAGGGCCUGGAAGAGAUAGUGGUGCUUUGUGGCAGCAGUGUUCCUCCUCCUGUACUGUCCUAUAACAGAGUCAUGGUGCUCCAGUUUAAGUCAGACAGCAGCAUCACACACAGAGGCUUCAGUGCUACACUGGCAUUUAUUAGCCAAACAGACCUCCAUCAUCAGAACCCAGCAGCAGCACAUAGUUCUGGCUUUAUCAGAGCUCAGCAGGACCAUUUGACAGCCAACCAGCAACAUAAAGAAUCUUAUGCAGACCGAGGUGUGCAGCGGUCCAGCAGCAGAGUCCCCUCCCCCCAGGGUGAUGAGGACCGGAGGACAUCCUAUGAUCCCAUGGACAUGAGCCUGGAUGAUGAAGACUACAGCGGGGACUCCUCUGGAACUUUGCAAUAA